AUGUACGUCAGAGACAACUUCAACACGGGACAGCCGGGACUCGUAGGAGCCAAUCGGGCAAGGCCUAAAGAUGUCCUAGACGAGGCGAUAACCCUAAUUGAACGGCCCCGAGUUGAAAGACAAGCAGAGCUUUACCCAAAGCUCGCGGCCCUCUCGGGUACCGCAACGCACCUCGCCGUUGACGAUUCCGAGGCCAUGUAA